AUGGGGCUUUCUUUCAGAAGUUUGUCAGUAUCUUUCUCAUCCUUACGCCUCAUUUUUAUUUUUCAUUUCUUAUGCCUCAGCUUUCAGGCCUUUGCCAUCCAUAGGAACAACUAUACAGAUCGACUUGCUUUGCUGGAACUCAAGGCCAAAAUAACUGAUGACCAUUUUGGGGUCAUGAGCUCAUGGAAUAGCACCCUUCACUUCUGCCAGUGGUAUGGCGUCACAUGUGGGCGUAGGCAGCAGAGGGUCACAAUGUUAGACCUCAGCUCCCUCAAACUUUCAGGUUCCAUAUCACCACAUGUUGGUAAUUUGAGCUUUUUAAGGAAGUUGUACCUUGAAAACAAUAGCUUCAGCCAUGAGAUUCCCACUGAGAUUGGCCAUUUGUGCAGAUUGCAAGUAUUGUCUCUUUACAAUAAUUCAUUUGGUGGUCAAAUUCCUGCUAGCAUAUCUAAUUGCUCUAAUCUUGUUUCACUUUAUUUGCAAAAUAACAAUCUGGUAGGGAGAAUACCUCCGGGGCUUGGUUCCUUGCUGAAGCUCAAAGAUAUCCUUUUAGCCACCAAUAAUUUAAUAGGGACUCUCCCACCAUCUUUGGGCAAUCUUUCUUCUCUUCAGCAACUGGAUGCGAUGAGUAAUAGUUUGCUUGGGGUUAUCCCUGAUAAUUUAGGCCAAUUGAUGAAUCUAAGGCUUUUAUCCUUGCCUGUAAAUCAGUUUUUGGGCACUAUCCCUCCCUCCUUCUUCAACCUCUCUUUGAUUGAGUCUAUAGACGUGGGAUUCAACAACUUAGAAGGUGGUCUUCCCUUGAGCUUAGGCUUCUCUCUUCCAAAUCUCCAAUUCUUUUCCAUUUCAAGUAACCAAUUAACAGGGUCUAUUCCAACGUCAAUUUCAAAUGCCUCAAGUCUAGAAGUGCUUCAGUUAGCCAUAAAUAAUUUUAUCGGAAGAGUGCCUUCUCUUGAGAAGCUGCAUAGGCUUCGGCGGUUAACAGUUAAUGAAAACCAUUUAGGAAGUGGGAAAGCUGAUGACCUGGAGUUUCUUUCCAUUUUGACUAAUGCCACCAAUUUACGGUUAUUAGGUAUUGACCAUAAUAACUUUGGAGGGAAGCUGCCUGAACAAUUCUGCAACUUUUCCAAAAAGCUCCAAAUGAUUUUCAUAAAUCAAAAUCAAAUAUUUGGAAACAUAGGGGCUAGAAUAAGUGAUUGUGUUUCAUUGGAAAUUCUGGCUGCAUCAGAGAACAACCUGUCAGGUUGCAUUCCUUCUAGCAUUGGAAAGCUUCUAAAUCUGGGAGUAUUGUCUCUUCGUCAAAAUGAUUUCUCAGGAUCUAUUCCCUCCUCUGUAGGAAACAUGACAAAUCUAAUUCACAUGGAUUUAUCUUUUAAUAAGCUUCAAGGCAUGAUCCCUUCGAGUCUUGAGAAUUGCAAAAAUUUGCUAAAAUUAGAUCUUUCAAAUAACAAUCUUAGUGGUCCCAUACCUCCACAAAUUUUUGGAUCUUCCCCUUUAUCAUUGGGCCUUGACUUAUCCGGAAAUCAUUUGUCAGGUUCCAUUCCCGUAGAAGUAGGAACUUCAAAAACUAUGGGAUACCUAAGCCUUUCUGAGAACAUGUUAUCAGGAGUGAUUCCUAGUGGUCUUAGCAGUUGUAUUAGUCUAGAAUUCUUGGACAUGGGUGCCAACUUGUUUCGAGGCUCUGUUCCUUCACCUCUAAGUUCACUAAGAGGUCUUCGACAAUUUAAUCUUUCUCACAACAUGUUGUCAGGUCAGAUUCCAGAGUUCCUGAAGGGGUUUAGUUCAUUAGAGUUGUUGGAUUUGUCUUAUAACAACUUUGAAGGUACAGUACCAAUAGAAGGAGUUUUCAAGAAUGCAACUGCAACAUUCGUAGCAGGAAAUAAAAAUCUUUGUGGUGGCGUACCUGAGUUGGGGCUACCUCCGUGUAAGCUUCAACCGUCAAAGAAGGGAUUGACUAAAACACUGAAGAUCAUAAUCUCAACAGUUUCUGUGGUUAUAGGUGCAGCACUCUUGCUGGUUUUUUUGUUUGUGUGCCUUCCAAGUAAGAGAGAAGCAAAGUCUUUUGCAGCAUCCCCUGGGGAGAAGCAAUUGAAUUUGUCUUAUCAAAGUCUUCUCAGAGCUACUAAUGGAUUCUCUUCAGAUAAUUUAAUUGGUACAGGUAACUUUGGGUCUGUAUACAAAGGAAUUAUUGAUCAAGAGGGAAUUGUUGCUGUAAAGGUGUUCAAGCUUAUGAAUCCAGAAGCAGCUUCAAAAAGUUUUAUAACUGAAUGUGAGGUCUUAAGGAAUGUUAGACAUCGAAAUCUUAUUAAAGUGCUCACAGCUUGUUCAUGUGUUGAUUAUCAUGGUAAUGAUUUCAAAGCUUUGGUUUAUGAGUUCAUGGUUAAUGGGAGCUUAGAUAGCUGGUUGCAUCCAACAUUUGGAUUAGAUGAAGCACCAAAGACAUUAAAUGUUCUCCAAAAGCUGGAUAUUGCUAUUGAUAUUGCUUGUGCAUUGGAAUAUCUUCAACAUUAUUGUGGAACACCAAUUGUUCAUUGUGAUCUAAAACCAAGCAAUAUCCUUCUCAACGAAGAGAUGACUGCACAUAUAAGUGAUUUUGGAUUAGUCAAGUUCCUUUCUGAUGUCAACCCUCAUUGUUCUACAAAUCAAUCCAGCUCAAUUGGAGUAAGAGGAACUAUCGGUUAUUGUCCACCAGAAUAUGGUAUGGGAAGUCCAGUAUCAACAUCAGGUGAUAUUUUUAGCUUUGGCAUACUUUUGUUGGAGAUGUUCACGGGAAAGAGGCCUACUGAUCACAUGUUUAAAGAAGGUAUGAAUCUUCACAAUUUUGUUAAGAGAGCUUUGCCUGAACAAGUGACACAAAUUCUAGAUCCGAAGGACAACCUUCCUCAUAUACAAUCCAAUGCAAAUGCAACAUCAGUUCAUAACCACAAUCUUGGGAACAUGAGAAACAACAUGUUUAUUGAGUGCUUGAUUUCAAUAUUUGAAAUUGGAAUCUCUUGUUCUGCUGAAUCACCACAAGAGCGCAUGAAUAUUGGUGACAUUGUUGCUCAGCUCUCUUCUAUCAAAAAGAAAAUCUUAGGGACUCAAUUACCAUGCUAGGA